AUGCAACGCGCACGCACAUCCAUUGAUGCGAUAGAGGGCAUCAGAGCCAACCCAAGUCGGGUGCUCAGCCCUGGCCGCACCGGCCCGAGAGACCAGGCACGGCCACACAUGCUCCUCUGCGAUGAGGUGGCGUUCGUCUCCCUCGUCGCUUCAGCUCCUUCAGUUUAUACUUUGCGUCGGCUCGUGGGAUCGUGGGAGCUGAACCCCGGACCAUCGUGCUUAUACUCGCUUGCGCGGCUCCUUAUCAGAGCCGAUCCUUCAGCGCGACACACUCCCCUCCCUUAA